UCCCCUCCAUAUCAUGUGAUUCAGGUGUUCCAAUCCCCUCCAUAUCAUGUGAUUCAGGUGUUCCAAUCCCCUCCAUAUCAUGUGAUUCAGGUGUUCCAAUCCCCUCCCAAUCAUGUGAUUCAGGUGUUCCAAUCCCCUCCAUAUCAUGUGAUUCAGGUGUUCCAAUCCCCUCCAUAUCAUGUGAUUCAGGUGUUCCAAUCCCCUCCAUAUCAUGUGAUUCAGGUGUUCCAAUCCCCUCCAUAUCAUGUGAUUCAGGUGUUCCAAUCCCCUCCAUGGACACAGGUGUAUACAAUCAAGCCCCUAGGCAUG